UCGUGCAGUAAACAGAAGAUUCGGGCGCGCCUCGCAGGAGGGCUGCAAUUCGGGAUGCGGUCGUUGGCGGCUCUCAUCCUAGCGGCGGCGUGCGCCCUCGCUCGCCCACCUGGGCCUGAACCAACACCGUCUCCGAAUGCGGGAAGACAGUCUCCCUACAGGAGGCCUGUGCCACCGCUGACAGCUCGAGAAUAUGUCGGAGCAUUCUUCUACGACCGUUACAUGGCUCCCCACUUCCGAAAUGAGAGAGUCCGCGGCCCAGCUGUGCAGGAGCAAGACUGGCUGAGUAAAGAAAUAGAACGUAUCAGUCAAAUGCAGGAUGAAGAAGACAACGCCAAUGCAUACGAUAUGGACGUUCCGAGAUGGAUGGCCCGGGAAUCUGAUCUAGGCACUAUGCUUGACAGUGCCAGAAUUCAGGAAGAGCCGUCUUAUGAGCAGAAUUCGAUGAAUUCCCAACUGGCUCCACCUCAAACAUUUAUCUCUUCAGAAACUCAAAUCGCUGACGCAGAACCAAACUCAAAAGAAAGCGACGUUAAAGAACAAUCCAAUAUUGAAUCUCCGAACCAAAGUAAUGAUAAAUUUGCACUAACGCCAUUGGAUAAAGGCUAUUUUGAUUUUGACCCUAAUGCAGGAAAAGCGUCACCUUUGCCUGUUCAAGAACAUGUUAUGCAUGAAGGUGGUGGGAAUGGAAAACCCCAAGCAGCUAUGCUUCUCGAACCUCCUCGGCAGAUACGCCAAAAUCCUUUGAGCAGAUCCAAGACACUUGUCUCUGAAAACCUUGAUCGUCUCAGGAGUGGCCUAACGCCCGAUAUGCAGCAGUUCAAGCGCGUGCACAUUAGCUCGCAUGAGGAAGGUCACUCCACAGACAGGCCUAGGCAUGUCCACGUGCUGGAGACAGCGAGCGACCCCGCGGAGUCUAUUUACGGUGUCGCCCUUAUCGCCGCCAUUGGAGCUGCGAUAACUAUGGCCGUGUUCGGAUUUGCCAUCGGGUGGUACACGUUAUUCAAAAAGGGAAAAGCAGCGGCUGACGUGGACUACCCAGCUUACGGGGUAACUGGACCGACUAUAGACACGUCUGGGGAUAGGAAACUAGCUCACUCGGCCCACAUGUACCACUACCAGCACCAGAAACAGCAGAUCAUAGCUAUGGAGAGGAAUGGUUUGGAGCAACGCAACGGUUCUAUAUCCGACCCCGAAUCUGAAGAAGAGAAUGAAGAAGGUGACUACACCGUAUACGAAUGCCCUGGAUUUGCUACGACUGGAGACAUGGAGGUGAAAAAUCCGCUUUUCACUGAGGACCCCACACCAACCCCUGGGAAGUGCGAGGUGGUAAAGCCUCAACCCAAGGAUUAACUGCGCAUCGAGAUACCGCUACCACCUCCACUCGAUCUCACACCACGCCACUCCGUCGUGAUUAUAAUCUUCAAAAUUAUGUUCUUCUUAUUCAAAAAUAAACUACCUAUGGCUAGCACUCUAUUUACUAAGAUCUAAGACUAGGUAUACCAAAGUCAAAAGUUUCACUAUGUUAAUUGAUCUGUUUCGAUAACUGCAGUCGCCCAACUAAAUACACUACGCAAUUAUUGUAAUUGAUAUCAAUUUUGUGAACAGUGGGAGUAAAUUUAUCAAUUUCUCUGCUGGUCUGAAAAAGUUAAUUACUAGAUUUUUAAGGGGUGUUUUGAUUUAAAAUUAGAUAAUUAUUGGCUUAACCGAACCCCUAAUAUUUUAUCGUAUCAGAAUAAACUUGACUUUUUAAAGGUUCAUAGUCGUCUCUAGACGGCGGUCAUAAAUGGUGGCGGUUCGCAUGGUUCAAACAGGGCAAAGUUCCUGAUACUUCUUGGUUUUAUGAUGUAUUUAUUCAUAUAAGAUAUAAAUUCCAGAGCUUGAAAACUAACACGAAGCUGCCCUCUGACCAUUUUGAUUUUAAAAAUAAGUAUAUCUUCCUUUAACUUCAUUUUUAAAAUUCAAAUGGUCGUACUUCGCAGUUUCACGUGAAACCUAAUGGUAUUUUGAACAUUCUAAUGUUAUUUAUCAAUAACUGUUGCAUUUGUGCUCAAUAUUUACUGAAAAUCACUUUUUUGAUUCAGUCCUUGUUGAACUAUAGGUAUAUAUAUAUUGGAACUAUAGUUAGAAUCUUAAUAUUAAUGUCAAGCACCUCACAAAAUAAUGGCAUAACAGGAAUUAAUAUAUUAGAAUCGUAAUUAAUAAGAUAAAGCAUUUAUAGCAGUUCACACACGCUACUCUUAGAAAACCGAUCUUUAUGUAUUUAUGGGCGGUGAUUUAUAAAAUGAAAAAUAAAUUAUAGGUAUCAAUUAUAAGGUUCACUUGUUGGUAUCAAAAAAAAUCUAUUUGUUGAUAUAAACGACUCUCCAUGGUACAUCGGCCUAAAAAAAAAUAUUAUGUUCCUACUUAUAUUAAUACUUCGCUUUAUGCCUUAUAUUUCCAAGAUAAUAUUCCCGGUUUCAUAAAAAACAUUGGUUAUUCAAACAUCAUUCAAAAAGUACUUCUUAAUUACUACACAGUUUUUGAAUACAAUAUAAUAAAUACUUAUAAAGAUUAACAUCUAGUUUCUCUUAUAAGACCCAGGCCAAUUAGAGAAAGUUCGUUUUUCAUCAUAUCCUUAAUGGAAUUAACGCAAUAUGAAAGAAAAUUUGUCAUAAAAAGAUCGAAACGUUUUCGAUCGUUUUUACCAACAAGUUAAAGUAAGCAUUCGUAUCCAGGCGAAGUAACCAAGGAAUUAUAGUACCUUACUUUGAUAUAUUUGUGUUCUUCCUACCUGCACAUGUCGAUGUCAUAUCAAUAUUUAAAGGGCACAAAUACUAACAAGCUUAUUGUAAUCCUUGUACCUUAUUAAAAAAAGAUUAUGAAGAGUUCCUUCUCUAAAUUCAAUAUUUACAUUGCAUUGUAGUUAGUCUUUAAACGUAGUUAGUAUCAAAACAAGUAAACCCAAACUCUGCACCGUGCCAUAUCAUUAACAAUGGCUGCUGGGUCACACCAUAUUACUCUGACAACCUAUCAAAUCUCCCGUUAAACAAAAUUGCGGACCAUUUAAAUAUUUUCUACUUUGGUUACCGUUGAUAUCCCAAAAGUUAAAUUUGUCGUAAAAUAUGAAAGACAGUUCUUUUCACAUAUUAAGGGGAUUAAUAUUCUGCAAACUAUAAAAAGUAAAGUAUUAAUUCCUUAUAAUGACGUAAACAAUAAAAUCGUCAAACGAAUUAUACUGAAAUUAGGCAUACAGAAACAUUAAAUGAUCAACACUCACCAAAUCCUGUAAAUUUAUCAAAAUUAUGGCAUGCAUAAAAAUGUAUCGAGGCUAAGCUCACAACUGCAAAAGCUACUUAUUACAACUUAAAAACAAAGCACGCCUUGUUAGGAUAUCGAUUAUCGAACAAGUAGUUAAUUAUUCACAACCAGAGCGUAAUGAUCAGAAUGUGUAGGUAUAAAUAUUUUAAGUCGUACGUUUAAGCAGCGUCAUGCGAACGGUCUAUAAAAAAUCAAUCUAAUCUAAUUUCGAUCGAUAUUAUUCUUUUGUUAAAAAACUUUUUAACUAUGUUUUGUUGGCGUUACAUAUUAAAAAGGCCACCUAAAUUUUAUUUCAACUAAGUCAAAAUAAGAAUAAAUUAUUUGCAUGCUAACCAAGCAAGCAAUCAUUGUAUGUUUACUACACUAAACGACUUGUUGAAUGUAGACAGAGCUAUCGAGACGUUUAUUCCGUUGGUUAGUGAACUAAGUAUUACACAAUUUAAGUAAAUAUAGUACUCGCCUUCUACUUGGUUAUUAUUUCAAAAGUGGAUAUUUUAAAAUGAUUGCUUCUCUGAAAUGUAAACGAUGUGGUGCGGUGUCGGUAGGGCAAACCUUUUCUUUAUGUCUAUAAAUUAUAUUGUAUAGAAAUGUAGUCCUCUUUAAGACGAGUUACGUAAGUUAAUGUGAAAAGACACGACUGCCAACGCAUGCACAUCAUCUAGCAUUAUCAUGCGCACUGUUCCGAUAAGUCCGCGUCCCAAUCCUGAAACUAAUAUUUUCAGGGUAAUAUCAUUCCACGCAUCUCGCCCUCUCUAAUCAGUUCAGGUGUUCAAGAGUUAUUACAUGUAAAAAAUACACGAAUUAUAUUACGAGUGUAAAGGAACCAUAAAUUUCUUCAGUCAACACAAGGAUUGGGCAGUCGUGGCCUUUAUUAUCACGCAAGUUUAUUGUGUUCUAAGAUAUGUACCCAUAUUUUAAAUAAUUUUAUGUUAUGUAGCUGAAAAUAUAUGUAACUAUCGUUUGGGUGUAACUUGAACUAUUAUUUUUCGAGUAAUUUAUAAUUAUACAUAUAUGUAAAUUGUUUCCGUCAAUUUAAUUGACUGAGACAUCUCAGCGUGCCAUGAGAUUAACGAAUUUAAUGCACAUUAUAUUUUUACAAUUUGAGUUGAGUUAAUAUUUCUCGUCUUUUCCAAAAAUGCUUCAUUUUUGUUAUAUUGAUUUUGAGUAAACACUCUCAACCGCACUUAAUAAUAUUGCCGACUAAAUAAUGACUCCAUCCACGUUAAUCACGCAGUGAUUAUCGAAAGUCAUCCAAUAAAUUUAAUAUCUGGUGUUAAUCACAUUGAUUUUGUGGGGAAUUGUAUUAAUCGGAAAACGGGCAAAAUAUUUUCAAUUAUUAGUAAUCGGAUUUAAAAGUUUGUGUGCAACAGUCGACGCAACUAUGUACCUUUAAUUUUAUUUUCUUCACGGCUAUCAAUGUAUAGUUAUGUGUCCUGAAGUCUUAGUUAGACUGAUGAAUGUUAUAUAUGUCAUAUAUAUUAUAUAAUAAAAUUAUUUUAUUUUUCCUGCUUCUCCCUAAUAUACCUAGACAUGUUAUAAAAUAUGUCUAAUCUACAAGCUGAGUUUCUUCCUCCUGGUCUUAGUCCCGGUUGAA